AUGAUGGACCAGCAGGCCAAACCCGUGCUGCCAGCGGCCAGCCCAAACGCCCGCAACAGUCCUUUUGCAUACCAGUCCAAGUAUCUCGAUCGUUCUGCAUCCCGAAGCAGCACCUUCUCGCUCGCUUCUUCCAUCGACUCGAAUGUAACGCGCAGCCCAACAGGGACGGGCUUGCAGCAGUCCAACUCGGUGAGGCGCUUCCCCGCUCCUCAUCGCCACACUGCUUCCCUUGAUCCGCAACGCACCGCCGAGCUCCGUGCAGCCGCUGCCGCUUCUUCUGCCUACAGCCCAACAGCCUCUCCUCUCGCUGCAUCGUCAGGCGCGUACGGCUCAAACGGCAGUCUCCACAGGUCCGACUCAAAUCACUCGGUCACUGCUACUACCUCACCGACCCCGGCAACCUUCAGCAAAGCCACCUUCCCGGCGGCGUCUCGAGGGGUCAACGGUCGACCCACCUCGAUGCCUCCGGCGUCCCGCGACAAUCUCUUCAACUCAUCGACAGUGGGUCGUGCUCGUGCCUAUUCGCCAACCAAAGACUCCGACCGUUCUGUGUCUCCCAGCAAGAACGGCAGCUACGACUCUCCGCUCGCUUCGCCCAAGAAGGAAGACAGCUCCUGGAUAACAUCGCCUUCUACGCCCAAGCAGGGCAGCUUCUGGAGCAACGGUACCAAUGGCGCAAAUGGCGGAUCCAACACUGUUGGUCCGUCACAGCUGCAUCUUGGCGGUGUCAGGGACCUCAAGCGGUCCAGUGUUGGUGCGCUCAAGAUGAUGCAGGGCUUCACCCAAAAGACCGACGAUAUGGGCUCACCCGGUGAUCAGCCCGGCCAUACUCGAAUGACGGUGGGUCGAUCGCGUGGCCAGCGCACACAUAGCAUCGAUGCUACUGGCGGACCGCUCUCGGAUCGUCUCAAUAGCCUCAACCUCGAACCUACCAUCGAAGAGGGCUGGCAGAAGCCGGGACGCCCUGGACGCAUGGAGAGCGAGGAUCAGGAGGGUGAGAUCGUACUUCCUGGUAUCACGACAGGCGCCGAAGAUGUCGCUGGUCUUCAAGGACGCAUCCGUCUUGCACGCGCAGACGGUCCAGGCACCAUGGCACUCGGUCGUCCAGCGACUGCUACGUCCAAUCUCCCGAUGACCAGCUCGAGCAAGUGGAUGGACACACAACGCCACCUCCUGCAAGCCUACGAGUAUCUCUGUCACUGUGGAGAGGCUAAGGAAUGGAUGGAGCUUCACGUCGGCGAACAUCUCGGAGACGUUGUCGAGAUGGAGAACGAGAUGCGAAACGGCAUCUUCCUCGCCAAGCUCGCCAAACAGUUCGAGCCGGACUGUGUGCCACGCAUCUUCGUCCACCCGAAGCUGCAGUACCGUCACACGGACAACAUCAACUACUUUUUCUCAUUCAUCAACAAGGUCGGUCUGCCGCACUUCUUCCAGUUCGAGCUCACCGAUCUGUACGAGAAGAAGAAUUUCCCCAAGAUCGUCUACUGCAUCCACGCACUCAGUCACGUUCUCGCACGUCAGGGCCGAGCGCGCAAGGUCGGCAACCUGAUCGGCAAGCUCGAAUUCACCGAUGACCAGCUGCAGAAGACGCAAAAGGGUCUCGACGCGUCGGGCGUCGCCAUGCCCUCGUUCGGCGGAGUCGGCAAGGCGCUCGCCAAGGAGAUGAACAUGGAGCCCGAGCCUGAGCCGGAGACGGAGCAGGAACGCAUCGAUCGCGAGUUGAUGGAGAACAUCGAUUCCGUCGUUGCACUACAGACGGUUUCGCGUGCCUUUGUAUCGAGGUCGCGGUUCGCAGAUCGGGUUGAAGCAGAGAUUCAGCGUCGUCACGAGGAAGAGGCACGAUUGGCUGCAGCGGCCGAGGCAGAGCGCGUUCGCCAACGCAGAGCCGAGGAGGAUCGCAUCGUAUCGCGCUGGACUCCACUGAUGCAGGCUCAGAUCCGAGGUGUGCUGGCCCGUCGCACUCACCACCGCAAGCAUGCCGCCGUGCACACAAGCACGCGCACCUACGUCGGUCUUCAGGCUGCUGUGCGGGCCAAGCUGGCUCGUCAGACGCAUGUCGAGCACGUCAAGCGUGUGCACGACACCGGCAACGCUCAAGCCAUCGAAAACUUCCAGGCCUGUGCCAGAGGCGCUCUCUAUCGCCGCCGCUUCUUCGAGAACAUCAAGGCGCUCGACAAGCACGAGAACGACGUUGUCGGUCUGCAGGCACAGAUCCGUGGUCGUCUGGCUCGUGUUGCCUACGACAACCUCAUCUACCGUCUGGCCGACUCGACCGAAGACGUCAUCGGGCUGCAGGCUGCCUGCCGUACCGUGCUGGCCAAGCAGAAGCUGCUGGGCACCAUUCGAGGUUUGCGCAACUCCAACGAUGCCAUCACAGCGGUGCAGGCUCAGAUCCGAGGUGUCUUGGCCCGCAAGAAUCACGUCAGGAUGCGCUCGGCGCUGCAAAAAGUCGAGGUCAAGGCGGCGGUCGGCGGUCUUCAAUCCUUUGCCCGCGCUGCGCUCGCUCGACGCAAGCACCAAGAGCAGAAGAAGCAGCUCGACUUUGUCACGCCCGACGUGGUCGGCAUCCAAGCUGCGAUCCGAGGUAUGCUUGUUCGGACAGAGUACGACUGGUGGAGAGCGCACAUCAUCCAGAGCGAGCCGGUCGCCAUCCACCUGCAGUCGCUCAUCCGAGGUGCGCUCAGCCGUCGCAAAUUCUUCUCGCGCCUGCGCCACUAUCACGAGCACAUGGACAAGGUCGUCAAGAUCCAGAGCCUCUUCCGCGGACGACAGCAGGGCGAGCAGUAUCGCAGUCUCACCAUGGGCACAAACGUGCCCGUCGCGACAAUCAAGAAUUUUGGCCAUCUGCUCAACGACUCGGACGCCGACUUUGAGGACGAGAUCGAGGUCGAGCGUCUUCGUAAGCUCGUCGUGCGCGCUAUUCGCGAGUCGCAGACGCUCGAAAACGACGUCUCGGAGCUGGACACCAAGAUCGCGCUGCUGGUGAAGAACAAGAUCGGCAUCGAGGAGCUCAUCAAGGCCAAGAACGAGCGCGGCUUGCUAGGUCAGCGUGAUGCGGCUGCAGCCGUACAGAAGCGCAAUUCGCUGCUAGUGGCUGCCAACGACCCCUUUGCCGAUCAUGCACUGGACCGAUCCUCGAGGCGAAAGUUUGAGCUCUACCAGGAGCUCUUCUACGCGUUGCAGACAAGGCCCGAAUACCUCGCUCGUCUCUUUGCUCGUGUCGGCAAGAUCGACAUGGCCGAUCAGGACAAGCGCCAGGUCGAGAAGAUCGUGCUGACGCUGUUCGGAUAUGCGCAAAAGGCCCGCGAAGAGUUCUUGCUGCUCAAGCUCUUCCAGCGCUGUGUCGAGGAGGAGCUCGGGUUCGUCUCGACGGUGCAGGAGUUCAUCCGAGGCAAUGCGCAGUUCAUCAAGCUCGUGGCGCAGUACAACCGCGGAGCUCGCGAGCGCAAGUACCUCAAGGAUCUUCUGUCGCCGUUGGUGCAGGACGUCAUGUCGCAAGACGGGCUUGAUCUGGAAACGGAUCCUUGCGCUAUCUACCGCUCGACCAUCACCCAAGAGGAGAUGGAGACGGGUCAGCCGUCGCGUCGCCCGCUCGAGGUCGCCUUCAACGAGGCGCUCGCGGAUCCCAUGGCACGAACCAUCUUCAUCCGCCACCUCCAAUCGCUGCGAGCCACGACCGAGGCGUUCCUGUCGGCAAUCCUGUCAUCGACGCGCAAGAUGCCGUACGGUGUGCGCUACAUUGCCCGUGAAGUGUUCCGUGCACUCCAAGCCAAGUUCCCGAACGAGCCCGAAGAUGCGCUGAUCAAGGUCGUCGGCCACCUCGUCUACUACCGCUACCUCAACCCUGCCAUCGUUGCACCAGAAGGCUUUGACGUGGUCGAAACGCUCGUCGGCCCCAUGCAGCGCAAGAACCUCGCCGAGGUGUCCAAGAUGCUGACGCAGAUCGCGGUCGGUCGUCUCUUCAACGAUGACAACCCGUACCUCCAGCCUCUGAACGACUACGUCUCGAGCGCCUCGGAACGCUUUGCCAAGUGGCUGCACGGCAUCAUCGACUGCCCCGAUGCCGAGCUGCACUUUGGCGCGGACGAGUUUGUCGAUCAUACGGUGCAGCAGAAGCCUGUGAUCUACAUUUCGCCCAACGAGAUCUACUCGAUGCACUUGCUGCUCUCGCAGCAGGUGGACCACUUGGCGCAGGGUCAGGAUGAUCCAUUGCGGGUGAUCUUGAAGGAGUUGGGUGCGCCGCCUGUGAGCAACACGCAGGAGCUCAACUCGGCGCGUGAUAGCGAGAUCACCUUCGAGCUGGUUUCGCGCAUGGCAACGUUGCAGGAUCCCGAAGCGGAAACCAAGGCGUUGUUCGUCGAGACCAAGCGAUUGGUUCUCUCACUGCUCAAGGUGCAAUCUGGCAAGACGCUGGUGGAUGUCUUUGUGGCACCGGUCACCGAUAGGGAGGAGCAGCAGUGGGUGGAGAUUGUCUCUCACGAGAUGGUCACCGAUCGAUCGCGCUCCGCCUACGCCGGCGCGGGUCGAUUGGAGGACGUCCGUCGUCUCACGUUUGCCGAACUCAAAGCGCGUACAUUGGAAAACAUGCUCCAGCUCGAACAGCUGCACAAGGUGUCCCGCGCCAACAACUAUCAGGACAUGCUCAACGCCAUUGCCAUCGACAUCCGGAACAAGCACCGCAAGCGGAUCCAGCGAACUAACGAGAAGACCGCCAUGCAUGCGACGCUCACGACGCUCAAGGAGAAGAAGCGAUACCUCGAGGAGCAGAUCGGGAGCUAUCACAGCUAUAUCGAUGCGAGCAUGCAGACGAUGCAAGGGCGGAAGGGGAAGAGACGCUUCGUGGUGCCGUUCUCCCAGCAGUGGAGUCACCUGAGGAGUUUGAAGGCGAAUGGAGGGAGGGUGCCCAAGUUCGGGAGUUAUCGGUAUGCGUGUGGGAAGUUGAUGGAGAAGGGUGUGUUGGUGAGUGUGGAUGGAUUGGGUGGGAUGACGAGCAGUGGGAGUGGGACGUUGAGGGGAAACAGCGGGGCGGGUGCAGGUGGUGGGGCGGGAGAGGUCAACCUCACCAUCUCAUCCGAUCAGGCGGGCGUGUUUACUGUGGAGGUGCUCAACGGUCCCGCCGCGGGAAUCAGCACGGAUUUGCGCAUCGAGGACCUCCUAGAGAGCCAGUUCAACAACACACCCACGCUCCAGAUCCUCGAUGGCGCCGCAGAGGCCAACGUCAACUUGCUGGUGCAUCUCAUCAACAAGAAGUUCUACGCUUGA